GUACCUCCAGCUGGUUGCAUGAAACUCAAAAUGCAACAACAAAGGAAACGCUCAGACACUACGCGCUUCCUUGGCUUAUUGUAAUACCAAAUGAAGCAUGACAUUCACCGAGGGCAGAGGAGCUAAAACAUUACGCCGCUGAGACACAGCAGAUGCGGCGCAAGAACCAGACCGAGGGGCUCCCUGAAAUGGGCGCGUGCCUGCCUGCUAAGACGCGUGCGCGAGCCCCAGCGUUUGAACAGGAAGCAGCAGCAGGAGUCGGUCAGUCGAGUGACUGAGAGGAGGCAGUCGGCGCUGGCUUACGGUCCGGGGCUGUAUUCUCCACCCUCAAGAGGGGAAAAAACACUGAUACGAGUUCAGUUAGAUUAACGACGGGGAGUUGUAGAUCACGUCUACUUUUUUUGUUUUGUGAAAGUCGCUCGAUUAUUCGUGUCGAGUGAACCGUUUCUUUUUUUGGUUGCCUGGAGUAGGGCGUGUUUGUGUUUUUUGUUUCCCGUGGACCACCCCCUCUUCUCUCUUUUUCCCCCGAUUCUUGCAUGUUUGUGCUGGACAGAUUUAAUUUUCCAACUUUCGUACUGCUGCGAGACGUUUCGGUCUGAGGAUGGGGUGCACCUUAAGCACUGAGGACAAGGCGGCGGCGGAGCGCAGUAAAAUGAUAGACCGGAAUCUGCGGGAUGACGGAGAGAAAGCGGCCAGGGAGGUCAAACUGCUCCUUCUCGGGGCUGGUGAGUCAGGGAAAAGCACGAUCGUGAAACAGAUGAAAAUUAUCCAUGAAGCUGGCUAUUCAGAAGAGGAAUGUAAACAGUACAAAGCUGUUGUUUACAGCAACACCAUUCAAUCUAUAAUUGCUAUCAUCAGGGCAAUGGGAAGAUUGAAGAUAGACUUUGGUGAUUCAGCGAGAGCAGAUGAUGCACGUCAGCUGUUUGUGCUAGCGGGUUCUGCGGAGGAGGGGUUCAUGACUGCAGAACUUGCAGGAGUCAUCAAGAGGUUAUGGAAGGAUGGGGGUGUCCAGGCCUGUUUCAGCAGGUCAAGAGAAUACCAGCUCAAUGACUCUGCUGCAUACUACCUGAAUGACCUGGAUAGGAUAGCACAGACGACCUAUAUCCCCACACAGCAGGAUGUCCUCAGAACCAGAGUCAAAACAACUGGAAUUGUAGAGACACAUUUCACUUUCAAGGACUUACAUUUCAAAAUGUUUGAUGUUGGUGGUCAAAGAUCUGAGAGAAAGAAGUGGAUUCACUGCUUUGAGGGUGUCACAGCAAUCAUAUUCUGUGUGGCACUGAGUGACUAUGACCUUGUUUUGGCUGAAGAUGAAGAAAUGAACCGGAUGCAUGAAAGCAUGAAAUUGUUUGACAGUAUCUGCAACAACAAGUGGUUCACAGACACAUCUAUUAUUCUUUUCCUUAACAAGAAGGAUCUGUUUGAGGAAAAGAUUAAAAAGAGCCCUCUUACAAUUUGCUACCCUGAAUAUGCAGGAUCAAACACCUAUGAAGAAGCUGCCGCUUAUAUUCAGUGCCAGUUUGAAGAUUUGAACAAGAGGAAAGACACCAAGGAGAUCUACACUCAUUUCACCUGUGCCACAGACACCAAGAAUGUGCAGUUUGUGUUUGAUGCCGUUACCGACGUCAUCAUCAAGAACAACCUGAAGGACUGCGGCUUAUUUUAAACUUGGCAAACCUUGAUUGGAAAAUAAAUGACCAGGCUCAACAUCCACAUUUUCUGGGGAGACUCAAUGAGGAAAAUGAAAUUAUGGACCAGUACUGUACUUUUUGCCAGUUUUAAGAGCUUUAUUUAUGUUUUUUUCCCAGUAUAUUUUAAAUUAGAAUUUAGAAAACAUUUGUCUAGAUUUUAUGUGUAAAUGUAACUGUUGCAGCAAUUGUUUUUCAUAAAUAGGUCAUUUUAUGAAGAGAGUUAUUUUUUAAUUGAUUUGUUUCUUUACCUUUUGGCCUUUUUAAAAAGGAGCUUGCCUUUGUGGUAAAAUGUUUUCCCCACUUUUGGAAAGAAAGGGGUCAAAUGGAAUCUGAUUUGUAGGCUCUUGUGCCAUUGCAUGCCUUUUGCAGUCCAUGUUAAAUGCUUUGUUUGCCUGCUAAAUUGUUCCAACAUAAAGUGUAAUGUUUAAUAUGAAUUCCUUAUGUCUGCACAUUCCUGUCAGAUAUUCCCCCAGUUUACUCACUUUGACUAAAUUGAUUAUCUUUCAGGACUAGUGUUCACUCACGUGUAAGAUUCCUGUGCAUCCAACAGGAUGGCGUUUUUGGGAAGCAAUUAUGAAAACCAAGACAUUACUGUUUAGUGCAUCCUAAAUAAAAUCUCAAAAUAUGUUGAAAUGAGUUGAAAAUCCAGCUUUCAAUUGUUUAAUAAACUACAAUUUGAAAAUAAGUUUAGAAAAUCAUUCUGGAUAUUUUUCCCAGAAAUAUGUCAGUUCUGAAAGUAGUACUUUCAGAAGGUAGUAUGAAAUCGACAAAAGGAUGUAAUCAGAAUAUUUGUGAAUAUUGGAAGAAACAGCUGAAAAAAACUAACUUAAUACUUAAGGCAUCAUACAUUGUUAAAACAUUUUCCAAUUUUUGCUAAUAAAAGUAUGUAUUUUACUAUUUGUAUGGUGAAACCAUUGUAUCCUUUACUACAGGUCAAUUCGAUAUUUCUGUGGAGUAAUGGAUUUAAAAGAAAGUGUGUCCAAAAUGAAAUGUAAAUUACUGUAUGUGCAUGAUUUUAGGUCGAUUCAUUCCAGUAUGAAGAAAAGAGUUGGAUAAAUCAGUAACUACAAAAAUAUUUACAACUUUACAGAUUUUAUAUGUGCCUUUUCUUGUGAAAUAUUUUAAUUUUCUUUUUUUUGAACUUAAUGAGCAUUAGGGUGGGAUUGUACAGCCUUCAUGGGCAAUUUUUUAGGUGGAGUUAAGCGCGGGACAACCCUUUGUGACAUUUUAAAAUGUAAAUCAUUUGUACUACAAGGAGGACCAGUUACUAGAACUAGGAGCCUUCUCAACAUUAGUCUGUACUUAAGAAUAUCCCUAAGAAAGUUAAUAAAAACUAAGAAUUCUGAAAUUUU